CUUUCGAGUUUUGGGCGAGCCUCUCAUCCCCGAAAGUCCCCAGUUGAUUUAGGUUUUCCUCCUUUCUCAAAAAAAUCUAGAUUUUCCCCACCAGUAGCAGCGCGGCGGCGACGGCGGCAGGACGGUCGGCCUCUCCGGCUUGCCGAGAUGGACAUGGAUUCGGAGGAGGUGGGGAGAAAGAGAGAAACGCACCACGGGACCGAGAUGGCUGAGGGGAGUAGGAGAACCUCGAGGAAGAUCACGGAGCCCAAGUGGCCAUCAGUAAUUGAGAGGAUGGAUGCUUCGGCGAAGGUGGUACGAGAGAGGAAUAUGAAGCGACUGGUGGUCAAGUGGAACGCGGAGAACCCCGACGCGGCGCCGCUUGUGCUGGAAGAGCUCACGGAGCAGCAGCGAACUUCUCUGAAAGAAGAGGAUUUGGCCAGGGAGGUUGUGAUGUCCAAGGCAUUGGUAGCCAGGAUGUUGGAGGAAGACAGGAGAGUGGAGGAAAGGGAUCCGAACCAAGACAACGACGACCGGUUUUACCAAGAGUUCCGAGAGCGCUGGCAGCGGAAAUGGGCCAAAGAGUUCGGCUCCUUCGAGGACAAGACUCGGAUCCCCGCCAUGUGCUUCACGGAUGAUCCCAUGUUCCACAUCACCAGUGCCCUGCCUACUAUGCAGAUCUUUUCAGUCAAAGUUGAGGAAGUUGAUGAGAAUUUACAAUGGCCGCUGGAUGUUUAUGGUAUCAUUGCUGUGCGGGACGACAUCGAUCACAAUCGCAAUGUUAUCUUUGAGCGCACAAGGGACAACUGCCAAACCCUCAAUGAGCAGGAUCCAUAUUUAGUACUAACAGGUCCUGCCCGUGCUCCUGUGAUGUUAUGUGGGCCUGUACGUUUGGAUGCCAUGCUGAUGGUUAAGUGUGCUGACGAAUCCGAGGACAAAAAUCUAAGCCUCCUUGCCACACGCUAUGAGUGCUGCGAAUCAAUCAAUUAUCAAGCGAGUCAUGGAGAGCUCGUUGUUAAUUCGUGCGGGAGCAGCCAAAAAUUUAAAAGCAAGCUCAGCACAUUGGAGCUGACGUGUGGCAUUGUAGUCUCAUCUGUUGAGGCCACGAUCAGUGUUCGUAUUGUUGAAGGGUCAUGGCCAGAUGGAUUCAGCGGGCAGUUCAGUGCCUUCACUGCUUGUGUCAGUCAUAUGAAGGUGCUACUGUUAAACUUUGGAGAUGGGAAUUUCCUUAUUUCUGCCGAUGGCACCAUUAAGCUCUCGAGACGUGUGGUUUCUGUUGAAAGCUUUGGGGAGCUGAGAAUUUGUGCAGCAGCAUCGCGAGGCAGCAAACAAGUUGAACGUGAGGUGGUUUUUCAACCUCUGAAAUCUGGUAGGAGCUCUGAAACGCUCAACCUUGGCGCUUGUAAAAUGGAAAUCACAGUUGCCUGGUCUCUCUUCCCAUUACGCUAUCCCAUUAGCCGUAUUCCUUGAAGCAAGGACGGGUGAGGCAAUCAAGGUUGGGUGAGGUGAUAGUAGGUGGUAUCUAAUGAUAAUAACCAAUCUAUUGUGUCAAGCCCUCCAUUCCAAAACACAACUCAUAUAGAUUUUUUUCAUUUGUUCCACAACACAUCUCAUUUUUCUCUUGGUACCCGCACCCGGCCAAUAACUACUCACAUCCAUUUACUGUUAAUUCAAUAUGAGUGGUCAGACAUUAGAAACGAGAGUUGCCUUGGUCCAAGUGCACAAAUCUAUGAGUUGUGUUUUGGAA